CAGCAACAACAACACAGAGAACGAACAAGUCAGUCUCGCCCCUCCACUGUCGGCAGCAGCAUCAUUGUCCCCGCCGGGUCCGGUGGCAGAGAGGAUGGUCCAGCGGAACCGCAGCCGGGGAUGCGAAUGACAGCCACAGGAUAAUGGCCCUGGAUGUAUGCAAGUUUCCGAAUGAAGUAGUGACCAAGUGAGACGACCGUGGACGGAAACGCUGAACCAUGUUGCUCUAAGUCGUGACCUGUGGAGUACGGGGGGGAGGAGAAAGAGGAGGAGGAGGAGGAGGAGGAAGAGAGGAGUAGUGAGGCAUUGGCCACAGCUUCGUUUUAGGUGGCCCUUUGCGAGCCCGAAGCGAUGGGAAACACAGCCACCAAGUUCCGCAAGUCCCUUGUGAAUGGUGAUGAGGCCCUGGCCUGGCAGCUGUACGAGGGCAACCCUCAGUUCAGGGACGGCCUGGACCCAAACGCAUCGUAUGGAGAGCAGUACCAGCACAACACACCCAUGCACUAUGUGUGCCGCCACGCCAUGACACGUCUGCUCAGGUCCUUCCUGUUCAGCAAAGAAGGAAACCCCAACAAGCGCAAUGUGCACAAUGAGACUUGCCUGCAUGUGCUGUGCCAAGGCCCACAGAUCCUGCUGCUGCCAGAGGGAGCGCUGUCACCACGACUGGCCAGACCACAGAGGGACGAGCAGCGCCGUGCAGACUGCCUGCAGAUGAUCCUGAACUGGACCGGGGCCAGGCUAGAGGGAGGCCAGUACGAGAAAGCUAAUGUUAACGCCACCGACAACCACCACAGCACCUGUCUGCACUAUGCUGCCGCUGCAGGCAUGAAGAGCUGUGUGGAGCUGCUGAUCCAGAGUGAGGCGGACCUUUUUGUGGAGGACGAAGACAAGCUGACGCCAUGCGAUCACGCCGAGCGGCACCACCACACCGAGCUGGCCCUCAGCCUGGAGUCGCAGAUGGUUUUCUCCUCUUCAGCUCAGCAGUCACACACAGACGCACAUGGUGAAACCAACCUGCUGCAGUACAAGGAGCCUUAUGAGGGGUUGAAGAUUCAGGAUCUGCGCAGGCUGAAGGACAUGUUGAUUGUAGAGACAGCCGACAUGCUGCAAGCCCCCCUUUUCACUGCAGAGGCCCUGCUUCGAGCACAUGACUGGGACAGAGAAAAGCUUCUGGAAGCCUGGAUGUCCGACGCUGAGGGCUGCUGCCAGCGCUCUGGUGUCACCAUGCCGACCCCACCGCCUAGCGGGUACAACGCCUGGGACACCCUGCCCUCCCCCCGCACUCCUAGGACCCCACGCUCUCCCCUCACUCUCACUCUCACUUCUACCACCGACAGCUGCCUCACGCCUGGAGAGGAGGGCCUGGCCACGUGUGGAAUCUGUCUCUGCUCCAUCUCAGUCUUUGAGGACCCAGUGGACAUGUCCUGUGGCCACGAGUUCUGCAGAGCCUGCUGGGAAGGGUUCCUCAAUGUAAAGAUUCAGGAGGGAGAUGCUCAUAAUAUCUUCUGUCCGGCGUAUGAGUGCUACCAGCUUGUGCCUGUGCAUGUGAUAGAGAGUGUGGUUUCCAGAGAGAUGGACCAGCGCUAUCUGCAGUUUGACAUCAAGGCAUUUGUGGAGAACAAUCCAUCCAUCCGUUGGUGUCCUGCAGCUCGCUGCGAGCGGGCGGUGAGGCUGACCCGACCGGGCCCGGGGGACACUGACCCAUCAAGCUUCCCCCUGCUGCCCUCCCCUGCUGUUGAUUGUGGAAAGGGUCACCUCUUCUGCUGGGAGUGCCUUGGCGAGGCCCACGAGCCAUGUGAUUGUCAGAUGUGGAGGAACUGGCUCCAGAAAGUCACAGAGAUGAGGCCUGAGGAGUUGGCAGGUGUGAGCGAGGCCUAUGAGGAUGCUGCUAACUGCCUGUGGCUGCUGACCAACUCCAAACCGUGUGCCAACUGCAAGUCUCCCAUUCAGAAGAAUGAGGGCUGCAACCACAUGCAGUGUGCCAAGUGUAAGUAUGACUUCUGUUGGAUCUGUCUGGAGGAGUGGAAGAAACACAGCUCAUCAACAGGUGGCUACUAUCGCUGUACUCGCUAUGAGGUCAUCCAGCAGCUUGAAGAGCAGUCCAAAGAGAUGACUGUAGAGGCAGAAAAGAAGCACAAAAGUUUCCAGGAGCUGGACCGUUUCAUGCACUACUACACUCGCUUCAAGAACCAUGAACACAGUUACAAGUUGGAACAAAAGCUGCUAAAAACUGCUAAAGAGAAGAUGGAGCAGCUGAGCAGGGCCUUCAUUAGCCGUGAAGGCACUCCCCCAGACACACGCUUCAUUGAGGAUGGCGUGACUGAGCUGCUGAAGACGCGGCGCGUGCUGAAGUGCUCUUACCCAUACGGCUUCUUCCUCCAGCAAGGCAGCACCCAGAAAGAGAUAUUUGAGCUCAUGCAGACUGACUUAGAGAUGGUCGUAGAGGAUCUGGCCCAGAAGGUCAACCGUCCGUACCUGAGGACGCCGUGCCAUAAGAUCAUCAGCGCGGCCCGCCUGGUGCAGCAGAAGAGGCAGGAGUUCUUGGCAUCAGUGGCCCGUGGCGUCGCUCCCAAUGACUCUCCAGAGCCUCCCCGCAGGAAUUACCCUGGAGGAUCGUGGGAUUGGGAGUACCUUGGCUUUGCUUCUCCUGAGAUGGGAAGUCGGCACUCCGUACUGGGAGCAGAUCAGAGAGAGAGACAGUCGCAGGAUUAUGCUGACAUCCAGUACCGUCGCAGACACAGACCACGGCGCAGAGGAGACAUGCUGAGUUUGCACAGCCUUAGAAGCAGCAGUAACACACCAGAGACCAGCAGGAGGAGUGACAACACAGAAGGCACGGAGAGGGGCGAGGGUCGCAGGAGAGCGCUCGGCUCGCUCGACGAAGACGAUCCCAACAUCCUUCUGGCCAUCCAGCUGUCGCUGCAGGAGUCGCGCCGAGAGCGAGGGCUGGAGGGAGGGAUGGAGGGGAGGGUGGAUCAGGAGAGAAGAGCGGCUCCAGCGGGAGACCUGGUCGAUGCUGUUUUACACUCUCUCAACACAGAGGGUCCUCCAGGAGCCAGAGGCUCAUCCUUCCCCGCGUCCAUCCUGGAUCCUCCUCACCCGCCUAACAGGACAGACUCCACCUCCCAGCCUUCUGUAUCCAGCUCCCUCCCCCUCCCUCCGCCUCCUCCCUCCCUCAGCGCAGAGCUGCUGGAGCUGGGAGACAGCCUUAUGAAACUGGGGAGCAUAACCACUCCUUACGACCUGGACACACACACGCAGGAGCAGCUCAGCUCACACCACACAUACACACACAGUACACAUGCUGCUCCUUACACCACUGAACCUGCCUGCAGCAACCCCAGCAGCCACAGACAGGAUCAGAAUGCACUGACUGCCCCAUAUGUGCUCGAUCAUAUCACCAUCACAGACCCUCGUUAUGACAGCAAAGAGCAGACUUCCUGCCAUUCGAGUGCAUAUUUAGCCAAGGCUGAGCACGCCGCCUCCUGCCUCCCCACUCCAAACCCCGCACAUCCUAGUUCCUAUAACCGGGAACAUGCAGCCACGUACAACAGCAACCCUAAACCAGACAGCUCCUACAACCCCUGCCCCGAACACAGCAGCUCUUACACCGCAGAGCGCCCUGCUGCCUACGCCCUCGAACGCCCCCCUAAAUCAGACCCCCAGCCCCCUACCCAGUUGUGCCUCCCAUCUCCAGAGCUUGAGCCAGAGCUCCUGCUCUCACCAGUGAUUCCCCCAGGGGGCCCUUUCACCCCCAGUGACCCUCAGAGCCUGGAGCCCUUGGACCCCACAGCCAGCGCUCAGCUGCUGGAUAACAUCAUGGCCUGGUUUAACAACAACAUAAACCCCCAGAAUAACCCGCAGAGCCUGGCUCUCAUCCCCUCCCCGCCCACCACAGAGACGGACUCCUCUCCCGACACACACACCGAGACUGAGAGCCAGACCUCCGCCCCCAUCCGGCAGCCCCUGGAGGGCGAGUCGGAAGUAGGCAGAGGGUCAACGACCGGCCCACCGGGAGCCGAGAGCGUGAAGACGUCGAGGCCGAGCACUCUGGAGCUGGAAAAAAGAGACGCUGGAGAAGAGGGUGUGGACACAGGGUGUGUGGCUGACCUGUCGCUGGACGAAGCGCACACACACCCGCACUCACACUCCCAACAUGGAAACAGUCCCGCACACACUGCCCCGGCAAUGGAGAGAGACUCAGACCUCGUCCUUCAGUUAGAGGAGGACCGGUCACCUGAAGAGUGGACGGAGCAGGAACACCUAGUGUGAAAGUGACAGAUGUAGAGAGAAAGAGAAGGUAGAGCCGAGAUAAAGAGAAAGAAAACCAAUCAGAGAGAAGCACUGGUGGAUGAUGGAAGAUGUAUGAUGGUGGUGCCUGUGUUUGGGGGAUGGAGUGUUUACUGUAUGUAUUUAUACUGUAUUUAGAGAGGACUUAAAGACCUGCGGACUCUGUCCAGUAAAGAUGAUGUCAUACACGUUUUGAUUAUUUUUAAGUGCUUUUUGUCUGCUCUAAAAACAGACAAAUUAUUCUUUGAAGUGUUUAAACCACGAACGGAGAGCUACUGAUAUCAUAACACAACAAAAUGCUCCAUGUUUUAGUUUAGUUUUGUUUUUUUCUUAUUUUAAUUUAAUUCCCAACCUCUUCUGUUUGUCUCCUAAGUUUGUUCAGGGUGAAGUUUUGGUGCUGUUCAUGCUGAAAUCCAAACUUGCCUCAUUUAACUACACUUGAUUCUCACACUAACCCAACCACAAGCCAGUUCAGAGCUCCAAGAGCCAAAUAUAUGAAGAUAACUGUAACUUUGGAGCCUGUUUAUAGCGUGCUGUACAAUCAGAGGGCCUAAUUCUGAUUUCUGGACCUUCAUGCACACUGUGCCUGUUUGUGUUAGUGCCAAUACAGUCCUGAUCUUUCUUUUGAGCAGGCUGGCACAGUCUGCUGCGUAAACGUCACACUAUUACAGCACCUCUCUGCAAGUGAAGGUCAGAGGUCAGCCCCGCCCAUAAAGCUGGAAGUUCAGUGGGUGCUUGUUUGCAGAGCAGAUUGAGUUCUGUUUUUUGUUCUGUUUGGGCUUUUUUUU